AUGGUUGUUCUCGUCACAUCGGAUAACGAGCAAUUUAACGUUGACAAGGAUGUCGCUGAGCGCAGUGUCCUUAUCAAGAACAUGCUAGAGGAUGUUGGCGAGUCAGACCAGCCCAUUCCUCUGCCAAACGUGUCUUCGAGCGUACUGAAGAAGGUUCUUGAGUACUGCGAACACCAUCGUGCAGAGCCUCUGCCCACCGCAGAAACCGACAACAAUGCCGAUGAUCCACGCAAGCGUCAAGUCAGUGAGAUUGGCGAAUGGGACCAGAAGUUCAUCCAGGUAGACCAGGAAAUGCUAUUUGAAAUCAUUUUGGCGGCCAACUACCUCGACAUCAAAGCCCUCCUUGAUGUCGGAUGCAAGACUGUAGCAAACAUGAUCAAGGGCAAGACGCCUGAGGAGAUUCGCAAACUUUUCAAUAUUGUAAACGACUUCACUCCAGAGGAAGAGGCACAAAUCAAGAAGGAAAACGAAUGGGCCGAGGACCGCUGA